AUGGUAGUAGUUAAUAGUAGUAAAAAGAAGACUGCAGUAUCGGUGGAUCAACGAUGGUGGCAGGUAAGAGGCGAAGAAUUGGUUGCCUUUCCCUCUAAUGGUUAUCGUCAUCGUCGUCGUUGUCAUCAUCAUCAUGAUGGUGAUGGUGGUAAUGGUGAUGGUGAUGGUGAUGGUGAUGGUGAUGGUGAUGGUGAUGGUGAUGGUGAUGGUGAUGGUGAUAAUGACGAUCAUUUUGAUUUGAUAUAUUCUUGCAACAAUAGUCAGGAAUAG